ACGGAUCGCCGAGCAACACACGUCUGAGUUGGUUGUCCACAAAUAUAUAUAGACAACAGAGAAAAGUAUCAAAAAUAGACACAGAACACUUACUUAAUAAAAAGAAAAUAUUCAAAAUUAACAAAUAGAAAUAGAUUAAAUGCAUUUUUGGUUGACUGUUGUGGUACUUCUGUGGUCACGUGCAGUCCAUGGCUACGGCAGCAAUCCCUAUGCAGUUUCCAAUAGGCAGGCCAUACGCAUCGGUCUAAUCACUGACGAUACCACGGAUAGAAUACGCCAAACAUUCGAGCAUGCCAUAGCCGUGGUUAACAGCGACCUGAGCGUCCCACUGGUGGGUGAAACAGAGCAAGUGGCUUAUGGGAACUCUGUCCAUGCUUUUGAGCAACUAUGCAAACUAAUGCAGAAUGGGGUGGGCGCCGUAUUUGGACCUGCUGCCAGGCAUACUGCUGCCCAUCUACUGAAUGCCUGCGAUGCCAAAGAUGUGCCCUUCAUAUAUCCGCACCUGUCAUUGAGUCCACAGACCGAUGGCUUUAACCUGUAUCCGCAUCCGGAGGACAUUGCCCAUGCGCUCUUCGACAUCAUCACACAGUUCGAAUGGUCCCGCUUCAUUUUCUGCUACGAGUCCUCGGAAUACCUCACCAUACUGGAUCACCUAAUGACAUUGUAUGGCACCAAAGGACCAGUCAUCAAAGUGAUGCGUUACGAUCUCAAUCUCAAUGGCAACUACAAGGCGGUUCUACGACGCAUCCGCAAGUCGGAGGAUAGUCGCAUCGUGGUGGUCGGCUCAACGGAGGGCGUGGCCGAGCUGCUGCGUCAGGCACAGCAGGUGGGCAUCAUGAAUGAGGAUUACACAUAUUUGGUGGGGAAUCUAGAUCUGCACACCUACGAACUGGAGGAGUACAAAUACAGUGAGGCAAAUAUAACUGGCAUACGCAUGUUUGACCCGGAUAAGAAAGAGGUGCGUGACUUAGUCGAAACACUGCAACACGAGAUAGGCGAAAGUGAGCCCAUGAACAAUGGCUCUUCCACUAUAACGUUGGCCAUGGCCCUAACAUAUGAUGCAGUGCGAGUCAUUGCCGAAACAACCAACUUUUUGCCCUACCAGCCGCAGCAGCUAAAUUGCUCUGAGCGUCAUGAUAAUGUUCAGCCGGAUGGCUCCACAUUCAAGAACUAUAUGCGAUCGCUGGACAUUUUGGACAAAACAAUUACGGGACGAAUAUUUUUUCAAGGCAAUAUGCGUAAGAGAUUCACCUUCGAUGUGAUCGAGCUGCAGCCUGUGGGUCUGGUGAAGGUGGGCACCUGGGAGGAGGGGAAGGACUUUGAAUUUAAGCGACCACCACCAAUAAUAGAUCUUAAUGAGAACGAGGAAAAUACCUUGGUGAAUAAAACCUUUAAAGUGCUUAUUUCUGUUCCGAACAAACCCUAUGCUAGUCUGGUGGAAAGCAUUAAUACUCUGAUUGGCAAUGAUCAGUAUGAGGGCUAUGGCAUAGAUCUGAUUAAGGAGCUGGCUGAUAAACUUGGCUUCAACUUUACCUUUCACAAUGGUGGCAACGAUUAUGGCUCCUUCAAUAAGAGCACAAACAUGACAACAGGAAUGCUCAAGGAAAUCGUUGAGGGCCAUGCAGACUUGGCCAUCACUGACUUGACUAUCACUUCAGAAAGAGAGGAAGCCAUCGACUUUUCCAUACCAUUUAUGAACCUAGGUAUUGCCAUUUUAUAUAUAAAACCCCAAAAGGCGGAGCCCGAGAUCUUUUCAUUCAUGGACCCAUUUUCUAAAGAGGUUUGGCUGUACCUGGGUAUAGCGUACUUAGGCGUGUCGCUGUGUCUGUUUGUGCUGGGCCGCCUCUCCCCUUCCGAAUGGGAUAAUCCGUAUCCCUGUAUUGAAGAACCGGAAGAGCUGGAGAAUCAAUUCACCAUAAACAAUUCACUGUGGUUCACUACGGGCGCAUUGCUCCAGCAGGGCUCCGAAAUCGCACCUAAAGCCCUGAGCACACGCACAAUAUCAGCUAUCUGGUGGUUUUUUACGCUGAUCAUGGUAUCCUCAUACACUGCGAACUUGGCUGCGUUUCUGACCAUAGAAAACCCGUCCAGUUCAAUUAACAGCGUUGAAGAUCUAGCAGAGAAUAAAGACGAUGUGCAAUAUGGUGCAAAGCGCACCGGCUCAACGAGAAACUUUUUCUUGACGUCCGAAGACCCGAUCUACAUGAAAAUGAAUACCUACAUGACCAAUCAUCCAGAGAUGCUUACUGAAACCAAUCAAGCGGGCGUCGAUAAAGUCAAGGCGGGCACAAAAUAUGCUUUUCUCAUGGAAUCAACGUCUAUAGAGUAUAAUACGGUGAGGGAAUGUACUCUGAAAAAGAUUGGCGAAGCGCUGGAUGAGAAGGGUUAUGGCAUUGCAAUGCCCAAGAACUGGCCCUAUCGCGAUAAAUUCAACAAUGCGCUACUCGAACUGCAGGAACAGGGAGUCUUGGCUAGGUUAAAGAACAAAUGGUGGAAUGAAAUAGGCGCCGGUGUUUGCAGCGACAAGAGCGACGACGAGGGCUCUUCUGCAUUGGGCAUGAAAAAUUUAAGUGGCAUUUACGCUGUGCUUAUCGUUGGUUCAUUGUUUUCCUUUAUCAUCUCCUUUUUCUACUGGUGUUUGUUUGUCUUCAAGAAAGCCAAGUUCUACGAGGUGCCCUUCUGCGAUGCGCUUGCUGAGGAGUUUAAAAUUGUUGUCAGUUUUGCGGAAAAUGAAAGAGCUCUGAAGAGCGCCCAGUCGGUCUAUUCACGCAGUCGGAAUUCCUCACAGUCCAUAGACUCUCUGGAAACUGAUUCGGAGAAUAAUCUACCCGAUGGAGACACAAUGUUUAUGAUUAAUAUUUUAAUAUAUUUUUCAAUAAUCACAUCAAGAAUUUCGAUUCUUAAUGCACAAUAUGAACAUUAUGGCGGAUAUGAUAGCUUCCAAAACGCGGCCAGCAUUCCAAUUGGUUUGCUCACUGAUCAAAAUACGGAUGAAAUGAAUAUUGUAUUUGAUCAUGCAAUCGACGUAGCUAAUGAAGAGCUGGGCCUAGCUAUGACAUCCCUAAAAGCGGAAGUGAACUACGGCGAUGCUUACCAAAGUUACGGUAAGCUGUGUCGCAUGCUGGAGACGGGUAUAGCAGGUGUCUUUGGACCUUCAUCACGACACACGGCUUUGCAUUUGAUGUCCAUAUGCGAUGCCAUGGAUAUACCUCAUAUAUACUCUUAUAUGAGCGAAAAUUCCGAGGGUUUCAAUUUGCAUCCCCAUCCUGCUGACCUAUCGAAGGCUCUCUAUAGCCUUAUAACUGCGUUCGAGUGGUCGCGUUUUAUAUUUCUUUAUGAAUCGGCUGAAUAUCUGAGUAUUUUGAAUGAGCUCAACUCCCUCUUCGGCAUGAAUGGGCCAAUCGUCACAGUGUUACGCUACGACAUGCAGCUGAAUGGGAACUAUAAGCCGGUGUUAAGGCGCGUACGCAAGUCCAAAGACAAUCGGAUUGUAGUCGUGGGCUCUACUGAUACAGUGCCAGAGUUUCUGAAUCAAGCACAACAAGUUGGCAUUAUCAAUGAGGACUAUAGUUAUAUUAUUGGAAAUUUAGACUUUCACUCAUUCGAUUUGGAGGAGUACAAAUACAGUGAGGCCAAUAUAACAAGUUUUCGACUGUUUUCCUCGGAAAAAAUGGCUGUUAAGGAGCUUAUGGAGAAAAUGGGCUAUACAAGCGAACAAGAUGACUUUCGGAAUGGCUCCUGCCCCAUUACCGUGGAAAUGGCUCUCACAUAUGAUGCAGUACAAUUGUUUGCUGAAACUCUAAGGAAUCUGCCCUUUAAGCCGGUUUCUCAGAAUUGCUCACAACGCACAGAAAGUGUGAGAGACGAUGGUUCCUCCUUCAAAAACUAUAUGAGAACGCUACGUCUUAAGGACCGAUUGCUCACUGGACCUAUUUACUUUGAGGGAAACGUACGCAAAGGCUAUCAUUUGGACGUAAUUGAGCUACAGCCCUCCGGAAUAGUCAAAGUGGGCACGUGGAGCGAGGAGCGUGACUUCAGGCCAGAGCGCUUGGCAGCGACCAACUCUCAAUUCGAUAAUAUUGACAAUUCUCUGGCAAACAAAACGUUUAUCAUAUUGCUUUCAGUGCCGAACAAACCUUACGCCAGUUUGGUGGAGAGCUACAAGCAGCUUGAGGGCAACAGUCAAUAUGAAGGAUAUGGUGUAGAUCUGAUCAUGGAACUGGCUGAUAAGCUUGGAUUUAACUUUACAUUUAAGAAUGGAGGCAAUGACUAUGGCUCAUACAACAAAACUUCGAAUGAGUCUACGGGCAUGCUAAGAGAGAUAAUGCAUGGACACGCUGAUUUGGCAGUCACUGAUCUGACUAUAACAUCGGAGCGUCAGGAGGCCAUCGAAUUUAGUAUACCGUUUAUGAAUCUUGGCAUCGCUAUACUUUUCUUAAAGCCUCAGAAAGCCCAACCAGAACUUUUCACCUUCAUGGAUCCGUUUUCAGAGGAGGUCUGGUGGUUCCUGGGAUUGUCAUUUUUGGGCGUUUCGUUAAGCUUUUUCAUACUUGGCCGUCUGUCGCCCAGUGAAUGGGAUAACCCCUACCCUUGCAUUGAAGAGCCAGAAGAGUUAGAGAAUCAGUUUACAAUAGGCAACUCAAUUUGGUUUACAACUGGUGCUCUGCUACAGCAAGGCUCAGAAAUAGGACCCAAAGCCUUAUCCACACGCACUGUGGCUAGUUUUUGGUGGUUCUUCACGUUGAUUGUCGUGUCCUCCUAUACAGCCAAUCUGGCUGCUUUCUUGACUAUUGAGAAGCCACAAAGUUUAAUCAACAGCGUGGAUGAUUUGGCGGAUAACAAAGAUGGCGUUGUCUAUGGAGCCAAGCGAACAGGAUCAACUAGAAAUUUCUUUUUAAACUCUGAGGAUGAACGCUACAUAAAAAUGAAUAAAUUUAUGACUGAGCAUCCCGAGUAUCUAACAGAGACCAACCAAGAAGGUGUGGACCGCGUUAAGGUUAGCACUCAAUACGCAUUUCUCAUGGAAUCCACAUCCAUUGAGUACAACACAAAACGUGAAUGUAAUCUCAAGAAAAUUGGCGAUGCUCUGGACGAGAAAGGCUAUGGCAUAGCCAUGCGGAAAAAUUGGCCUCAUCGUGAUAAACUGAAUAAUGCUCUGCUGCAGCUACAGGAGCAGGGUGUGCUGGAGAAGAUGAAAAACAAAUGGUGGAAUGAAGUUGGCUCUGGAAUUUGCGCCACCAAGGAAGAAGCACCAGAAGCCACAGCUCUGGCCAUGGAUAAUUUGGAGGGUGUUUUCUUCGUGCUACUCGUGGGUUCAUGCUGCGCGUUGCUCUAUGGGGCGGUCAGCUGGGUGCUGUUCAUCGUCAAAAAGGCGCGGCACUUUAAGGUACCGUUCAAGGAGGCUUUCUUGGAAGAGUUUCGGUUUUUAAUUGACUUCAAUAACUAUGUGCGCGUGCUUAAGAGCUCGGAUUCGAUUUACUCACGUAGUCGUCAGUCUUCUAUGACAGUGGGUUCAAUAGGACAGUAAUAAUACCACUGAAUUGGUCAUCGUUAACUUUAUUAAAAAGUUUUUAAUUCAAAUGGAA